ACAGCGGGCCGGGCACUUCCAAAGGUGCAGGAGCGAAGCAGCCCUCUCCAGCUUUGCACUGCACCUCCGCGGCCCGCGGGCGAGAUUGGGGUCCCGGUGGGGAGCAGACGCGCAAUCGGGGAGAAGCUCCAGCGGUGGAGGAAGAGUCCAGAGAGCUUCAGCUGGGCAGAAGGGGCGCAGAGGCUUGGGGCCAAGCGGAGUUUGCCCUGCGGGUCCUGCGCGAGGCCCCAGUACCCCGGCUAAAUCUUUACCGCAGGAUCCCUGAGCCGGCGUCCUUCAAGGAGCACAGAGGGCCCCGCAGCACGCCCCUUGCCCAGCGCCACCGACCCCUAAGCAGCGUCAAGGAAGGAGUCCCGAUCAAGGACAGGGAUCUGCAGCCAUGGCCGAGGCCGCGGAGCCGGAGGGGGUUGCCCCGGGUCCCCAGGGGCCGCCGGAGGUCCCCGCGCCUCUGGCUGAGAGACCCGGAGAGCCAGGAGCCGCGGGCGGGGAGGCAGAAGGGCCGGAGGGGAGCGAGGGCGCAGAGGAGGCGCCGAGGGGCGCCGCUGUGAAGGAGGCGGGAGGCGGCGGGCCGGACAGGGGCCCGGAGGCCGAGGCGCGGGGCACGAGGGGGGCGCAAGGCGAGACUGAGGCCGAGGAGGGAGCCCCGGAGGGUGCCGAGGUGCCCCAGGGAGGGGAGGAGACAAGCGGCGCGCAGCAGGUGGAAGGGGCGAGCCCGGGACGCGGCGCGCAGGGCGAGCCCCGCGGGGAGGCUCAGAGGGAGCCCGAGGACUCUGCGGCCCCCGAGAGGCAGCAGGAGGCGGAGCAGAAGCCUGAGGCCCCGGAAGGCAGCGCGCCCGGGGCGGCGGGGGACAGCGUAGACGCGGAGGGCCCGCUGGGGGACAACAUAGAAGCCGAGGAGCCGGCGGGCGACAGCGUAGACGCGGAGGGCCGGGUGGGGGACAGCGUAGACGCGGAGGGCCCGGCGGCGGACUGCGUAGACGCGGAGGGCCGGGCGGGGGACAGCGUAGACGCGGAGGGCCCGGCGGGGGACAGCGUAGACGCGGAGGGCCCGGCGGGGGACAGCGUAGACGCGGAGGGCCGGGCGGGGGACAGCGUAGACGCGGAGGGCCCGGCGGGGGACAGCGUAGACGCGGAGGGCCCGGCGGGGGACAGCGUAGACGCGGAGGGCCCGGCGGGGGACAGCGUGGACGCGGAGGGCCCGGCGGGGGACAGCGUAGACGCGGAGGGCCCGGCGGGGGACAGCGUAGACGCGGAGGGCCGGGCGGGGGACAGCGUAGACGCGGAGGGCCGGGCGGGGGACAGCAUGGACGCCGAGGGUCCGGCAGGAAGGGCGCGCCGGGUCUCGGGUGAGCCGCAGGAAGCAGGGGACCGCAGCGUCUCGCCCCAGGCCGAGGCAAUUGAGGUCGCAGCCGGGGAGAGCGCGGGGCGCAGCCCGGGUGAGCUCGCCUGGGACGCAGCGGAGGAGGCGGAGGUCCCGGGGGGAAAGGGGUCCGAGGAAGCGGCCCCCGGGGACGCAAGGGCAGACGCUGGCGAGGACGGGGUAGGGGAUGGGCCACAGCAGGAGUCGGGGGAGGACGACGAGAGACGAGAGCGGAACCCGGAGGGGCCAAGGGAGGAGGCCGCAGCCGGGGGCGAGGAGGAAUCCCCCGACAGCAGCCCACAUGGGGAGGCCUCCAGGGGCGCCGCGGAGCCUGAGGCCCAACUCAGCAACCACCUGGCCGAGGAGGGCCCCGCCGAGGGUGGCGACGAGGCCGCGCGCGUGAACGGCCGCCGGGAGGACGGAGAGGCGUCCGAGCAGCGGGCCCUGGGGCAGGAGCACGACAUCACCCUCUUCGUCAAGGCUGGUUAUGAUGGUGAGAGUAUCGGAAAUUGCCCGUUUUCUCAGCGCCUCUUUAUGAUUCUCUGGCUGAAAGGCGUUAUAUUUAACGUGACCACAGUGGACCUGAAGAGGAAACCCACAGACCUGCAGAACCUGGCUCCCGGAACAAACCCUCCUUUUAUGACUUUUGAUGGUGAAGUCAAGACGGAUGUGAAUAAGAUCGAGGAGUUCUUAGAGGAGAAAUUAGCUCCCCCGAGGUAUCCCAAGCUGGGGACCCAACAUCCCGAAUCUAAUUCCGCAGGAAACGACGUGUUUGCCAAAUUCUCGGCGUUUAUAAAAAACACGAAGAAGGAUGCAAAUGAGAUUUAUGAAAAGAACCUGCUGAAGGCCCUGAGGAAGCUGGAUAAUUACUUAAAUAGCCCUCUGCCUGAUGAAGUAGAUGCCUACAGCACCGAGGAUGUCACUGUUUCUGGAAGGAAGUUUCUGGAUGGGGACGAGCUGACGCUGGCUGACUGCAACCUCUUACCCAAGCUCCAUAUCAUUAAGAUUGUGGCCAAGAAGUACAGAGAUUUUGAAUUUCCUUCUGAAAUGACUGGCAUCUGGAGAUACUUGAAUAAUGCUUAUGCUAGAGAUGAGUUCACAAAUACAUGUCCAGCUGAUCAAGAGAUUGAACAUGCAUAUUCAGAUGUUGCAAAAAGAAUGAAAUGAAGCUGGGCUGUUUUCUGUCUUUUUUCUCAGUUGAGUGAGAGAGGAUACGAAAACAGUGUGUUCUAUGCAUUUCCCCCAAAUAAGUCCUUCACAAAAUAACACCCAUAGUGGGAUCCACUCAACCCCAAAUGAUGCAUGGCCUUGUAAUUUGUCAACUCACUUGUGUAUCUGAAUAUACCAGUAUCUGUUGUUAGACACACCAAUUGUCCAGUUAAUUUAUAUCUGUGGCAUUCACUGACAUUGGAAUCGAUGAUAUUUAGGGCACGUGUUUUUCAUUUUAAGUUUGAAAACAAAUUACGUUUGGGUUCAAUUCCUUCAAUUUUUAAAAAACUGGUCUCUGAGAGUUUUUUAAAAUCAUUGAGAGCGUGUUUUUCUUCUCUAAAACAUUAAUUUUCUUCAAAAUGAAAAUACUGCUUUGUAAUUACAAAAUGAGACACACCUAUCUUGAUAUUUUAAAGCAAUAUCAGAGGGUGUAAAGAAGGACAUUUUAACAAUCACUUUCAAUUUUACUCCACUUAAUUACUGAAAACUUACUGGAGAACAUCUUCCAAAUCUUCAAUAUCUUGCUCUCUCUCUGUCUGUCUCACACACACACACACACACACACACAAUUUCAUUCAUAUAUGAUAUUGCAUUAUUUUAUUUUAAAGCACUGGUGAGGGGACCUCUUAGUAAUGCCUGGAUGAUCAUACACAGAGGACUUACACCAUACAAAAAGAUUGGGCAUCGCAGUGCCAGAGAAGAUGCUUGAGGUUAGAUUUUAAGGAGUGGGGAAUUGUGGAGCCCACAGAUGCACACGCAAGGACCAGCAGGAACCAGAAGCCCUGGGUCACCCCCACUCUGCCUCAUUUCUGCCUCCAGGAUGCCACUGCCUCUGUUUCCAGGAAAGGCAAGGGGGAGGGUGCUUAUCCAUGUCUCUGGUUCCAGCUUCCUGUCCUUGCUCCCUCCCCUCUUUUAGAGACUGUGCCUUCAGCAGGACUCUUAAUAUCUGCUGCAACUUGGAGAACCUCCCUGCCCUGAAAUGUGAACCAAGCACACUUUGGUUCCUUCUCCUGGCGGCUCUCUCUGAGACCCAAGGCUGCAGUCCCUCAGUGCUGGUGGGAUCGUGUGAGGCUAGCAUGGUCACUGAUGCUUCUCUGCCCUUCAUUGUCUCAUCUAGACAUCAAGCAGGGAAAAUCCAGAGAGAUUAAAUUCAUGGUGACAAGUCCUGGGAAGUUCUGGUAAACGGUCCAGUUAGGGAGGAAGUAGAAACUAUUGACUCAAAAGAGUUUCUGGUUGAUCUGUGGCUUUGCCUCCACCAUCCCUAACCAACCCUCAACACAGCUUUGUGUGUGGGCUGAAUGCUGGCCUUAACCCCAGGCGUGGAAGAGAAAAUGUGAGGUUGUUUAGAUACUCAUCAGGACCUCACAGGAGCUGAGCCUUAUCAGCCAGAAUGUGUUCCUCGGACAGUCGCACACAUCUUACAGAAAACCCUCCUUGUAGAGUUGGUUGUGGUAUGUGUUUGAUGCUAUAAAGCUCAUUUUUAAUGUGUACACCUGCUCUAGGGGCGAUUCGUUUGAAAGAGAGUAAGAUGCAUUACCAGAAACUAUCCUGGGAUUAGGUGAAAAAUGUCUAGCAAAAGAAACAAAGCUUUAAUAGGGUGGCCUCUUUCUCUCCUCGAUUAUGACUGCUGCAGUUUUACCCCAGCAGUCGGCUGUCUUUGUCAACCAUACGUUUUUGGAGGUUGUGUCUAGCACGUGUCACCCUUGUCCACGUUGUUUCACAUCUGGUUAGGGGGCAGAUUUUAAAAUGUAGUUUUGUAAUGUUACAUUUAAGCGUGAUAAAUGAUUAGACCACCAGAUGUUGCUAGUGCUAACUUUGUAUUCUUAGACAUUAAAAUGAUUGACAUAAACUCUUUGUGCCUUGAAAAUGAAACAAAUUAUUAAAAUGUUUAAAGGGAA